AUGUUGAAUAUUAUAGAAUUUGUUACAGAAAAUGUUUUAUUAAAUCUUAAAUUUGAAGUAUUUUUGUUUUUUUGGCUUGCAGCUUCUCAGGUAACGUCUAAGAAAUUUUCUCGAAGCCAAUUAUGUGAAAUAUUAAAAGAUUGUAAAGGUAAGAGUUUAGAGGAAAAGUAUUUGUUUUUGGAAGAAAAACUUAUGAAAAUAACAAAUUGUCCAGAGGAAAAAAAAAAUGUCUUAAGUCACUCUUUAAAAUUUUUUAAGAGCGAUUAUAAAAAGAAAUGGAUUAAGGCUAGUUAUCAAGACGAGCGUUUCAUAAAAAACAACGAAAAUUGGCUCUCAUCAUCGAUUGAACUGCCUUACUGGCCUGUAAAGCCAACAACGACGUUGAAACCCGGACGACCAUCCAAAGCAUUCAAAGAGCUAAGUGAUUGUAGUAAGCGCAGAAAAACUAAAGAUCUACGUGAGCAGGUAUCAGUUGAGGAGUUGACAUAUGCAGCUAGUGUAAGUCAGCGCACAUCAGGAAAUAAUAACGCGGCAAAGUUAAUUAAAUACGUGACUACCACACCAACCAGAGCAACAAAAUGUCGUAAACUUAUUACUACUGCUCAAAAGCAAUUAAUAACUAAAAAUUUACACCACAAGAGGCACUAG